UCACAAAAGAAGACUCGCCGGCUUCUGUCUGUUAGCAUUUAGCUUGACAUGCUCCCUCGUAUUUCGACUGUUUGACGGCAGACAUUAUUCAGAACAUCUGGUGACGAUGUUGGGACUCCGGUGCCUUGUGGGUAAUUUGAGUGUUCUGAGGUGCAUCUCCGUGUCAGCUCAUCCUGUCAGCAAAACACUGCUUGUCUCCACUGUGAAAAUAACUGAAGCUGUUGGUCAUUGUGAGCAGUACCAUGACCCUCUGCUCGUCCAGACACGCUUCAUGUCUCAGGGCCAGAAGCCGUCGGUUGACUCUGGCAGAAUCCCGCUCAGGACGAGGCUGCUGGUGACGCUGCUGAUUGGUGGUGGUGUAUUGGGCAUGUGGUGGUACAUGGAACUGGAGAAGCAGCAGAACCUGCAGAGGAAGCGCAUUGAGCAGCUCAAACAGGUUUCUGUGGGUCAAGGGAGCUUUAGCCUCCUGGACCACAGGGGGCAGCGCAUGACCAAGAAAGACUUUCUGGGCAGCUGGGUGCUGCUGUACUUUGGUUUCACUCACUGCCCUGACAUCUGCCCAGAGGAGCUGGAGAAGAUGAGUGCCAUAGUGGAUGCCUUGGACAAGGAUCCCGGUCUGCCACCCGUCCAGCCCCUCUUCAUCACCGUAGACCCGGAACGGGACAACGUGACAGCAGUCGCGAAGUACAUAAAGGACUUCCAUCCCCGCCUGAUUGGGCUAACAGGCACCACAGAGGAGGUGAAGCAGGCGGGGAAGGAUUAUAGAGUGUAUGCCAGUGCCGGACCCAAAGAUGAGGAUGGUGACUACAUCGUGGACCACACAGUCCUCAUGUACCUGAUCAGUCCUGAUGGACUGUUUCUGGACUACUACAACAGGUUGAAGAACGAGGUACAGAUUGCAGACAGCAUCAGGAAACACAUGAAGACUUAUGUCAAACUGGGACUCCUGGAAUCUGGACACUCAUGAGUCCGUGAUUCAUAGACAUGCUAACAAUCCUGGUCACCCUUGAAACAUGAACCUCCCGCAGGUUUUCUUCAGCACUGUUUGGACACAGUGACUUUUGUUAGCGUGGAGAUAAAAAUCAUCCAUAAAUCUCUAACAUCACAAACACAAGGUUGAAUUAUUACAAGAAGUGACUAACGUGAUUGAUUAAAGCAGAAACCAAAAUUAAAAAGCUCAGAUGGCUUUUUUUCUGCUGCUGUGCAAAAAAAAUUAAAAUGUAAUAAUGCUGUAAAAAUUAGAUUCUAAAUAUGAAAUAAUGUGAACAAUAUAAAUGUGGAGUUUCAUACUUUACCUUCAGAACAGAUGAUUCAUUAUCUUGUAUUUUGUAUCAUGUAUUUGUAUCA